AUGUCAAACAGAAGUCUUAUGGUUGAAGAUCUAGAAGCUCAAUAUUUAAUAAAUCUCUCAUUUGUUGUAAAUACUGAAAAAAAAUAUCUCAAAUUUGAUGAUAAAGAAGAACUUGAUAUAUUUUUAAGUUUAUUUCUUAGUUGGCUUACAAAAAAAGAUA